ACAGGAUGCAAGAUGGUGAUUCAGAGCAGUGUAGGAUUCAAGCUGUAUAAACUGAGGAAAACUGAGUUAAGAAGUUGAAAAGAAGCAUAGAUGUAUCAGUCUGAUGUGCAGGAGAAUUAUUUUGGCUGACUGCAGGAACGAGAGAUCAACAUUUAUCAAAUCUUGAAGUGAAUCAGUGAAGGACGAUGGCGUCUGUUUCAGAACAGCUUCUGGAUGCUCUGGAUGAUCUAGACGCAGAUGAAUUCAAGAGGUUUAAGUGGCGCUUAAAAAAUCGCAAGGGCUUUUCGAAAGCUACUCUGGAUAAGGCAGACCCCCCUGACACAGUGGAUCUGAUGAUGAAGCGUUUCGGACCGGAAGAAGCUGUGAAGAUCAUGGUGGAGAUCCUGAGGAAGAUGAACCAGAACCAUGUGGCUGACCAGUUAGAGAACAGACACAAGCAAGCUCCGGCCGAGGCCAGUGUGGAGGAUCCUGCCACCCGUUCAGUGGAGGUCACUUUCACCAACAUUGUUCCCAAGACCAGGAGCGACUUCCUUCAAUAUUCCCAACAGUUCACUCUGGAUCCGAACACAGUGAAUAAACGCCUCCGUCUGUCUGAGAGGAACAGAGUGAUUACACACACUGACACACUCCAGCCGUAUCCUGAUCAUCCAGACAGAUUUGAUCAUUAUGAGCAGGUGUUGUGUAGAGAGAGUGUGUGUGGACGCUCUUACUGGGAGAUUGAGUGGAGUGGACGUGUGUAUAUAUCAGUGUCAUAUAAGAGCAUCAGCAGGAAGGGACGUGGUGUUGAGUGUGUGUUUGGAUGUAAUGAUCAGUCCUGGAGUUUGUAUUGCUCUCUCUUCAGUUACUCAUUUAGACACAAUAACAUAGAGACUGAACUCCCUGUAAAGUCCAUCAGCAGGAGAAUAGGAGUGUGUGUGGAUCUCAGGAGAAUAGGAGUGUGUGUGGAUCACAGUGCAGGAACUCUGUCCUUCUACAGCGUCGACAGAGACACGAUGAUCCUCAUACACACAGUCCAGACCACAUUCACACACACACUCUAUCCUGGGUUUACUGUUUAUAAAGGAUCAGUGAAACUGUGUUAAUAAUCAGAAUUAGAUUAUUGAGUCUCUUAAUUACAUUAUUACUACAGCUGAACUACUGUCAGAAUUAAUGU